AUGCUUGGAAAAAUCGCCCUCGAAGAGGCCUUCGCGCUUCCCCGCUUCCAAGAAAAGACAAGAUGGUGGGCCGGUCUCUUCGCCACUGAUGUCGACAAGCACGUUGCAGAGAUCACAGAUGUGGAUUCCAUUCGAUUGAACUUCGCCGAAAAGCACGGCGUCGGACUCCAGAUUCUCUCCUACACCGCACCAGGUGUACAGGAUAUUUGGGAUCCUAAGGAUGCGCAGGCACUUGCUGUGGAGAUUAAUGACUAUAUCGCUGAGCGGGUGCAGGCUCACCCGGAUCGAUUUGCUGCUUUUGCAACUCUCUCCAUGCACGAUCCCAAUGAAGCAGCUCAAGAACUCCGCCGCUGUGUAACAAAGUACGGGUUCCUCGGUGCUUUGGUAAACGAUACCCAACGUGCCGGAGCCGAUGGUGACGAUAUGAUCUUCUACGAUAACGAGAAAUGGGAUAUCUUCUGGGAAACCUGUACCGAACUCGAUGUCCCUCUAUACCUGCACCCGCGUAACCCCACCGGCACAAUCUACGAGAAGCUCUGGGCGGAUCGGAAAUGGCUUGUUGGACCUCCUCUUUCCUUUGCCCAGGGUGUUAGUCUCCAUGCACUCGGAAUGGUCACAAAUGGUGUCUUUGAUAGACAUCCUAAGUUGCAGAUUAUUCUCGGUCACCUGGGUGAACAUAUUCCCUUCGAUAUGUGGAGAAUUAACCACUGGUUUGAGGAUCGGAAGAAGUUGCUAGGUCUGCAGGAGACCUGCAAGAAGACUAUUCGGGAGUACUUUGCGCAGAAUCUGUGGAUUACUACUUCUGGUCAUUUCUCGACGCCUACACUGCACUUUUGUAUGACUGAGGUUGGGGCUGACCGGAUUCUUUUCUCUAUUGAUUAUCCGUUUGAGAAUUUCGAGGACGCUUGUGAUUGGUUUGAUUCAGCUGAGUUGUCGGAUAUUGAUCGGUUGAAGAUUGGCAGGGAGAAUGCUAAGAAGCUUUUCAAGUUGGGUGCUUAUAAGGAUAGCAAUGCUUGA